AUGGUGUCCCCGCGCCAGGAGAUCCGCCCACAUGAUGAACACGGACUUACAACCAUAGCAGGUCACGUUAACGGUACUCUCAAGAGAUAUUCAUGUUCUGUGUAUUUUCUGAGUAAAAUGGCCGAAUGCUCAUAUAGGCAGCUGAAAGACGUACCCAAUAACCUCAUCAAUGAUCUCCGUUCGCUUGAUCUGUCGUCAAACUUCAUCCGAAGCCUCUGGAAUACGUCUUUCCUCAGGUACUCUCUCUUGGAGAAGUUAGACCUGUCUAACAAUCUCAUCGGCUUUAUCGAUUUAGCGACUUUCUUUCCUGUAGACCAACUGACCAGCUUGACCCUAAACCAUAACCCCAUUUUCACCCUACCCGGAAGUGAUAUCUUUCAGGAGUCCAAACGGUUGUCGAGUCUGUCCCUCAAAUAUUGCAAUUUAUCAUACUUCCCGAAUGAGACCCUCGGAUUCUUACCUCAGCUACAGAGCCUUGAUUUAAGGGGGAAUGAACUAACGUAUAUCAAUAUUUCGAAGUGCCCCAAAAGAACACUAAAUCAGGUAGUUUUCAGUGGUAACGCAUUUCAAGAAAUAUCAGCUGAUGUUCUAAAUUUCCCUUGCAGGACAGGGCAGCUCUAUCUAGGUGGGAAUAAUUACAGGAAAAUUGAUGCCGAUGUUGUUGCUGAGUUUCCCAUUUUUGUUCUGGUACUUGAGUUUACAACACUGAACCCAGAAGUAUGGAAGGAUUUGUUUACGGGUAUCGCUCAAUCUGAGAUAGUUGGAAUGUAUCUGCUUAUGGCAUUCAACGAUGUCUCUCGUGACUUCUUUGACCCAUUGCGUGGUAAAAGGCUUUCCUACCUACUACUGCAACAAAAGGCUUACCCGUUCCAGUGUUACCCAUCCAUCUUUGCUAAUCUAACAUCCGUUUAUAAUAUGGCACUGUGGACCUUUCAUAUAGGAGUUCUGGAGCCUGCUUUCUUUGAUGGCAUGAAGGAACUUCGAAUCCUUACAUUUAGGCGCACACAGAUAGAGCGAGUAAAUCUUUCAGGGUCAUCUUGGAAGAUUGAUCUUCGGGAACUGAAUUUGUCAGAGAACAAUCUUAGGAAUUUGGGUCCAUUUGCCUUUAAAGCAGUCUUCUUCGCUGUCAUUUUCGUUAUCUUCAUCAUCUUCGUGUACCACUUCAGAUGGCAACUGAGGUACAAACACUUCCUUCUCCGACUCGCCAUUUUGGGCUACAGAGAAAUCCUGGACAAAAACGAUCGCGAGGAUUACGAUUUUGACGUCUACGUCAUAUCGACAGAUGAUGAUGAGAAUUGGAUUCACGACCAACUGAAACCAUCUUUUCAGAGAUUCUUGCCGUACUACAAGCGAAGCAGAAACGUCUUCACGGAAGAUGAUCUUCCCCUUGGCAUGCAUCGCACGGAAGCCGUAGAUCACGUCUUAACAAGAAGCUUUAAGAUUCUUGUAUUAGUAAAUAAAGCUGCCUGCGCUGAUGACUGGUUUCUGACAUGUUUCCGUAUGGCAAUGGAUCAAGUAGCCGAUACUCAGACAGAGAACAUCAUAGUGGUCUUCCUGGAGAACAUUGAAGAAGAUGAGAUGCCAUUAAAUGUCAGAUUGUACAUGGGAGGCCAAGGGCCAUAUGUAGAAUGGGUGGAAGAUGAUGAUGAGGGACAGAAAUACUUUUGGAAACGUUUGGAGAAAUGUCUGUCUGUAAACCGUAAACGUAACCAUCUCAUACCUGCAGAAUGA